CAACUACUUCAACUACGACGACGAGCCGUACCAGUACACCUGCCCGCAGUGCCCGCCGCCCUACCAGCAGUACAUACAGGACUGCAACGAGUGCAUGUACCGCUGUCGCGAAUGUUCCCCCGACUACGGUCCCGAGGGGGACAGCUCCAUCGUGUGCGGGAGCGCCACCGAGUCGCAGGCUGAGGGCGCUGAUGAUGAUGACGAUGAUGAUGAUGAGGAGGUGUUCAUAACCUCGCCGCCAGUGGAACCUGGUGCUGAUGCGCGCUCCACAGAGUUACUGCUGCCUUCCCGCCCGGAGACACCGAUACAUGAGCAGAUAAUACAGAUGCCGCUACCACAACCUCGCGUGUCUUCUUCUGUGGACGAUGAAGAAGAGGAGCAAGUGAUGCUCGAGCUAGCGGCGGGCGCGCCGCUGCUGCUGGACCACCUCAUGCGCACGCCGCUCACCUGCGCCGUCAUGUAG